ACCUAUAAUUUCAUUUGUUUGUGUCUAUCUACUUAGAUUCUAAACCUUCUUAACUCAAAAUCAUAGUAUUAUUAUACUACUAUAUGUGAAACACAUGUACUAUACACUAUGAAGAUGAUGAUGAAUCACAUGACCAUGAUGUUUCUUUAGUUUAUGUAUAUAGUUUCGAUGUACGCUAAGUGAUUAAGAUGGAGCUGAAACCUUUCUCUUACAAUUCUAUGUCCACAUUUGAGAUUCAAAAAAUUUCUACCACUUUGUUCUCCAAUUUUAGACACAAAUUUGGAGUGAGAUACUCUAACCAAUUCAACUGCAGCAGAGGGUUGUUUCUCAAGAGUUAUAGUGUUUCAGAUGAGUCUUAUUUUGCAGCAGUAACAACAAGUUCUCAUAGUGUUGAUGGAAUUAAUGGCUCAACUGAGAGAUUGUAUUAUAGAAAUCUUAUACUUGAUGCUUUUGAUGAUGAGUAUGGAGGGGUUGUCAUUGAUCCAAAUAGUUUACCACAAAAUUCAUAUGCUUUUGCGUCUAUUCUUUGUUUGUCUCUUUCUCAUUGGAAAAAAUUGGGAAAGAAAGGAAUCUGGCUUAAGUUACCCUUAGAGAAAUCUGAUUUUGUUCCAAUUGCUGUCAAGGAAGGGUUUGAAUACCAUCAUGCCGAGCCGGGUUAUGUGAUGCUAACUUACUGGAUUCCGGAAGGACCUUGCAUGCUUCCGGGAAAUGCUUCGCAUCAAGUAGGAAUCGGAGGAUUUGUCAUCAAUGAUAACAAUGAAGUACUUGUGGUGCAAGAGAAGCAUUGUUCUCCUGCAACUCUUGGCCUUUGGAAAAUUCCAACUGGUUUCAUUCAUGAGGCAGAGGAGAUAUAUACAGGAGCUGUAAGAGAAGUGAAGGAAGAAACUGGGAUUGAUACAGAUUUUAUUGAAGUCAUAGCAUUCAGGCAUGUACACAAUGUGGCAUUUGAGAAAUCAGAUUUGUUCUUCAUCUGCAUGCUAAGACCACUGUCAUCUAGUAUCACUGUGGAUGAUCAUGAAAUUGAAGCAGCAAAAUGGAUGCCACUGGUUGAGUUUGUAGAGCAACCACUAAUACAAGAAGAUUCCAUGUUCAAGAAGAUUGUAGAUAUCUUUAUUGCGCGUCUCGGGAAGCGCUAUUGCGGCCUAUCAACUCAUCAAGUAGUUUCCAAUUUUGAUGGCAAAAUUUCUUCUCUAUACUACAAUGUCAUUGACAAUGAUGAUGCAAACUGUGUUGGAAAAUAAGACUCUAACAACUAUACUAGUAUAGAUAUCCUGUAGAGUAAUUUGUAACAUAUAAUUAAGUGCAGUUUUACUUCCUGAUGUAUAUAAGUGUGCUAAUAUCAAUGACAGAGUUGAUAUGAACACGAGGGAACAUUAAACUUAUUCCUAAUUUGUGUUUGGAAUGUAGAAGUAUAUGUAUAGACAGAGGGUAUCUAUUAGCAUAGAAUUCUCGACGAAGAGAAUAUGAUGUUGAAACAGUACUCAAUCAAAUAUGAGGAUAUGUGGUUAUGUGUA